AAAACAGCUGUCAAGUUGCGAGUCAAUUUUGUUCAGGGGAAUUGCGCCUUUUCGUCCGCGUUCUCAUGGUGGUUUUCGAGGAUAACAACUACUUGAUUUAAUUUUGAUGGUCAAAUAGCCAUACAGCCAGUAUGUCAAAGGACAUUCGUUCAUAUUUUACGCUUGGAACCGCGAAAAAGCCGGCUGCCAAGGUGGAGUCAGCGCCUGUAGUGAAAAGAAAAGCCGUCGUGAUUUCAAGUGACGAGGAAGAUGUUCCGCGCACCCCGAAACAACCGUCGAAGCAUGCCAAGAGUGGCAAAAAGAAACGCCGCAUCAGCGACUCAGACGAUGAUGUUCCCAAGCCAAAGCAGACGCCAGACAAUAAGCCAAACCUCAAGAAGUUAUCGGGCGUGAAGGACAAACCCAAGAAAGCUGUUGACGUGAGUAAUUUGUUUGGAGGCGAACCAAAUCGAGUUGAACGUCCAAAACCGAAGAAAUCUCCUGCAAAGGCUACCAACGAGGUCGACCUUCUGGACGAUGAUUUCGAUAUUUCCAUUGCGGAGCUCGCCGAUUCUCAAUUAGAGGGCACUGAAACUGCCGUUGAGUCGAAGCCAGUCAAGGAAGAACGGUCGCGCAGUAAGAGCCGAGAAAAUACUCCCAGAAAGUCGGAACGGCCAAAGAAACCAACUCCAAAGAAAGAGACCCCGAAAAAGCAAACUCCGAAGAAAGAUAUCCCGAAAAAGCAGACUCCAAAGAAGGAGUCCCCAACUGUGAGUCCCAAGAAAGAAGAAGGAACUCAUCGCCGGGGAAUAAAGAAGACUCCACUUAGCGAUUUGGGUUUGAAUCAGACUUCGGAGGACGAGCCACACACUUCCCCGAAGCGGAAGGCGACGAAAAAAGCUGAUUUGAAUUCAAGUGUCCUGUCUGAUGAAGAGCGCCAUGAGCGUAAGCAGCUUGCAGCAAUUUUAUACCAGAAGUACAAAAAUCGUCAAAGCGUCAUCAAUCCAGGUUGCAAGGAAGUCCCUAAGGGAGAACCGAACUGCCUGGCGGGGCUCUCAUUUCUAGUUACUGGCAUCCUGGAGUCCUUGGAGCGCGAAGAAUGUAACUCCCUCAUCAAAGACUUGGGCGGCAAGGUUAGCAGCACGGUAGGCAAACGCUUGGAUUAUCUUGUCGUGGGCGAGGAGGCUGGUCCUAAGAAACUCGCCACUGCCCAAGAUUUGGGUAUCAAAGUCAUCAGUGAAGACGACCUUUUCGAUUUGAUCCGCGAACGGUCAGGAAAAGUAGACCUAAACAAAAACUCCAAUAAAAUUGUUCCUAAAAAGGAAAAAAAGGAGAAGGAACACGAUUCUGGCGGUGGAAUGAAGAGAAAGUUGCAUGAAGAGCAUAAAGUGAAAGAAGAGAAAAAGGUGUUGAGUCCUCCGAAGAAGAUAAAAACUGAAUACGAUGCGCCCAGUUCGACGGAGUCCAAGCCUGCAACGGAAUCUGCGGCAAAGAAAGACGAGAACUUGGCCUGGGUCGAUCGGUACAAACCGACGAGUAUCAAACAGAUAAUUGGGCAACAAGGAGCAGCCAGCAAUUGUGUCAAACUCACUAAUUGGCUUUCGAAGUGGCAUUCCAAUCACGAUGGUAAGAAGAAGCUGCAACGACCAAAUCCGUGGGCAAAGAACGACGACGGCAGUUUCUUCAAGGCAGCACUGCUGUCAGGACCUCCUGGAGUCGGUAAAACAACUACAGCGACAUUAGUGUGCAAAGAAUUAAGCUUUGAUAUAGUUGAGUUCAAUGCAUCCGACACCAGAAGCAAAAAAUUGUUGAAAGAGGAAGUCUCAGAGCUACUUAGCAGUAAAUCUCUUUAUGGUUACUUUCACGGUGAUAAAAAAACAGUUACCAAAAACCACGUACUCAUCAUGGAUGAAGUUGACGGUAUGGCUGGUAACGAAGACCGUGGCGGCAUCCAGGAGCUCAUUGCACUCAUUAAAGAAAGUUCGGUUCCAAUAAUAUGCAUGUGUAACGAUCGAAAUCAUCCGAAGAUGCGCUCAUUAGUCAACUAUUGUUAUGACCUUCGAUUCAAUAAACCUCGUAUGGAACAAAUCAAAGGUGCCAUGAUGUCAGUUUGCUUCAAGGAGAAGUUCAAAAUUCCACCAGCUAAGCUUGAGGAGAUCAUCGCAGCCACUAACAACGAUAUAAGGCAAACAUUGAACCAUCUAUCACUUUUGAGUGCCGGCAAAGAACUAGAUUUAGGGCAGCGCGAAGGCAAAGAUAAUACAGCGAAAAAAGAUUUGAAGUUGGGUCCGUGGGAAGUCGUCCGAAAAGUGUUUUCAGCGGAUGAACAUAAAAACAUGACUCUAGACGACAAGGCAGAUUUAUUCUUCCACGAUUACAGUUUGGGCCCAUUGUUUGUCCAACAGAAUUAUCUUUCAGUUUUACCUAAAGUUCCAAAACCCCAAGUUCCACAACAAGUAGCUCUCGCAGCAAACUCAUUAAGCUUAGGCGAUUUAAUAGAAAAACGUAUACGAUCAGCUUCCGCUUGGUCACUACUCCCCACCCAAGCAAUGUUCAGUUCCGUUAUGCCUGGCGAGUACAUGGCCGGACAUUUUACAGGGCAAAUCAACUUCCCAGGAUGGUUAGGUAAAAAUUCAAAAAGAACUAAGCGAAGCCGUUUGGCGCAAGAACUGCAUGAUCACACCAGGGUCAAAACAUCUGGGUCGAGAUUAUCUAUUCGGCUGGACUAUGCACCCUUCCUAUUAGAUGCCAUUGUACUUCCCUUGAAGGAAAAGGGUUUAGAUGGCGUACAUGAUGCCCUAGAAGUUAUCAAAGAAUAUAGAUUGCUUCGCGAAGAUAUGGAAUCUCUGAUAGAAUUGACAUCAUGGCCAGGCAAGAAAAAUCCUAUGGAUGCGGUUGAUGGCAAAGUAAAAGCUGCUUUGACUCGCGCUUAUAACAAGGAAGUUUUGGCGUACACUUACUCAGCGAUGGCUGGUGUUAAGAAGAAACGAGCAGAACAACAGGAUGAGUUAGGAGGACUAGAAGAAGAGGGAGAUGGAGUAUUUGUCGUUGAUGAUGAAGAAAAUGAGGAGGAAAACAAGUUGGAGAACGAUGCAUUGAUUAAGGCAAAGAAACGACCGGCUGAGAAAGGGGCAGCAAAAGCCGAAACCAAAAAGACUGGAGCUGGUACUUCCAAAGGAAAAGCCGGUAGCAGUAGAAGCAAGAAGUGAAUGUUUAGUUAAUACGUAUAUAUUAUUGUACAAAAUAUUCCAUGAAUAAUAAAAUCUCCGUUGUAG